UGACUAAAAUCAGAGGUAAGACGUUGAACAGGAGGGUCUGACUGCUCUGUCUGUGGUCUGUGAUCCGGCUGCUGGUCCACACCUUUUUGACUGCGGGGCAGAAAGGAUGCUUUUUGUCUGCCUCACAUCUGGAACCAGAAAACUGUGAGAGCUGUUUUAUUGUUUUUAAGAGCCGCUUUAUUUGUUGCACCUGAAGCACAAAGACAUUAUUUUUGAAGCACUUGGACUGCCAAAAUCUGAUUUUUUUUUUUUUUUUUUGGCAACGAGACAAACUGAUCCAAGCAAAAAUAUAUAGGCCUACAUAAUAGAGUAAUUGAGGCAGAUUUCCUGAACCAUAUUUUCGUCUUUUAUUUGCUGCCUCUCUUUGUAGAUUUGUAUUUAUUUUUAUUUUUGUUCCUUAGAAGCUGUUCUGAAAAAGUUGCUGACAGCGCAACAGCUCAUCAGAUAAAGAGACGCACGUCUUGAACAUUGUCCCUGCCUGAGCUCGCACGGCACGGGACGUUUUUACGCACAAGUAGACGGGAGCGCACGGUCAGCGCCAGGUGCUGCGAGGUAGAGAAACACCUGAACCUUGUUAAAAAUAUUAUAUAAAAAAAAUAAAAAAUAAAAGAGAGACAAAAUGACGGACGGACCACGACAACGGAGCAGCACGGCGAGUUCUGCCAAGGAUGCUGCCGGGGAGAAGCAGGAAUCUGGAGGUGUUGCGCUCAAGAAGGAGAUCGGGCUCGUGAGCGCCUGCGGGAUUAUUGUCGGUAACAUCAUUGGCUCAGGUAUCUUCGUCAGCCCAAAGGGAGUGUUGGAAAAUGCCAGCUCUGUGGGCGUGGCUCUGAUCGUCUGGAUCAUCACAGGAAUCAUCACGGCCAUCGGAGCGCUGUGUUACGCCGAGCUGGGCGUCACCAUCCCCAAAUCCGGAGGAGACUACUCCUAUGUGAAGGACAUCUUUGGUGGCCUGGCUGGGUUCCUGCGACUGUGGAUCGCUGUGCUGGUCAUCUAUCCAACAAACCAGGCUGUGAUUGCGCUGACGUUCUCCAACUACGUCCUCCAGCCUCUGUUCCCCACCUGUUUUCCUCCAGAAAAUGGCCUGACGUUGCUCGCAGCUGUCUGUCUCUUGCUGCUGACAUGGGUGAACUGCUACAGUGUGAGGUGGGCCACCAGAGUUCAAGACAUCUUCACCGCCGGCAAGCUUUUGGCCCUUGCCCUUAUCAUCAUCAUGGGCAUUGUGCAGAUCUGCAAGGGAGAAUACUACUGGUUGGAGCCAGCCAACGCCUUCGAGCCCUUCCAGGACUAUGAUGUGGGUUUGAUAGCGCUGGCUUUCUUACAAGGCUCCUUUGCCUAUGGAGGCUGGAAUUUCCUCAACUACGUGACAGAGGAGCUGGUGGAUCCCUACGUGAACCUUCCGCGUGCCAUCUUCAUCUCCAUCCCCCUCGUGACCUUUGUGUACGUCUUCGCCAACAUAGCCUACGUCACCGCCAUGAGCCCCCAGGAGCUGCUCGCCUCCAACGCCGUGGCCGUGACGUUCGGCGAGAAGCUGUUGGGAGUCAUGGCGUGGAUCAUGCCCAUCUCCGUGGCUCUCUCCACCUUUGGGGGUGUCAAUGGUUCCCUCUUCACCUCGUCACGGCUGUUCUUUGCUGGAGCCAGAGAGGGUCACCUGCCGAGCCUGCUGGCCAUGAUUCACGUCAAACGCUGCACUCCCAUCCCGGCUCUGCUUUUCACUUGCCUGUCCACUCUGCUCAUGCUGUGCACCAGUGACAUGUACACCCUGAUCAACUAUGUGGGCUUCAUCAACUAUCUCUUCUAUGGAGUCACUGUCGCCGGGCAGAUCGUCCUAAGGAUUAAACAGCCCAACAUGCACCGGCCAAUUAAAAUCAGUCUGAUAUGGCCGGUUAUUUACCUGGUCUUCUGGGCCUUUCUGCUCAUCUUCUCCCUUUACUCUGAGCCYGUGGUGUGCGGCAUCGGCCUGGCCAUCAUGCUCACCGGGGUCCCCGUCUAUUUCCUGGGCGUCUACUGGGACAACAAGCCGCAGUGCUUCGACUCCUUCGUUGAUAAAAUGACGUACCUGGGCCAGAAGAUGUGCGUGGUUGUUUAUCCAGCAGAGACCAAAGACACCAGCAAAGAAGGAGAGGAAAUGAAGGAGGUGACGUCUCCUCUKGCGCAGGACGACUGCCACAAAUCAGAAGACUGCUGAAACUUACCACCUCAUUUUGUCACCCCCCCCCCC